AUGACUAGUCCUGGCAACCAUCACGAUGAGCUGCCCAACUCGGCCAACCCCGAGUACUCGCUCCUCAAGCGCGAGGGUCUCCAGCUCUUCUCCGAAGCUGGCUUCGACAUGGACAAGAUCCACCUGAAGCGCAACGCCUCUGUCGCCGCUCUGUACGAAGAUGCCAUCUCGAAGGAGGGAGCCGUCAUUGCAUCAAACGGCGCCCUGAUCAACUUCUCUGGCAAGAAGACCGGUCGCUCUCCCAAGGACAAGCGAAUUGUCUACGAGGAGACCUCCAAGGACCACGUCUGGUGGGGUCCCGUCAACAUCAAGAUGGACGAGCACACCUUCGAGAUCAACCGCGAGCGUGCCAUCGACUAUCUUAACACCCGCGAGGACAUUUACGUCUUCGACGGUUUCGCUGGCUGGGAACCCAAGUACCGCAUCAAGGUCCGAGUCAUCUGCGCCCGUGCCUACCACGCCCUCUUUAUGCACAACAUGCUUAUCCGCCCCACUCGCGAGGAGCUCGAGAACUUUGGCGAGCCCGACUUCAUCAUCUACAACGCCGGCCAGUUCCCUGCCAACCGUUUCACCGCCGGAAUGACUUCGUCGACUUCCGUUGAGAUCAACUUCAAGCGUCGCGAGAUGGUCAUCCUCGGUACCGAGUACGCUGGAGAGAUGAAGAAGGGAGUCUUCUCGGUCAUGCACUACCUGCAGCCCGUCAAGUUCGGCCAGCUCUCCCUCCACUCGUCCGCUAACGAGGGCAAGGACGGCGAUGUCAGUCUCUUCUUCGGUCUCUCUGGUACCGGCAAGACGACGCUUUCUGCCGACCCUCAGCGACACCUGAUUGGUGACGACGAGCACGUCUGGUCGGAUAAUGGUGUUUUCAACAUCGAGGGCGGCUGCUACGCCAAGUGCAUUGGCCUCAGCAAGGAGAAUGAGCCCGAGAUCUUCAACGCUAUCCAGUUCGGCUCCAUCCUCGAGAACGUCUCGUACGACAAGAGCUCGCGCAUUCCCGACUACAACGACUCGAAGCUCACCGAGAACACGCGAUGUGCGUACGCCAUCGAGAAGAUCCCCAACGCCAAGAUCCCCUGCAUCGGUGGCCACCCAAAGAACAUCAUCUUCCUCACCUGCGACGCGUACGGCGUGCUCCCGCCUAUCUCAAAGCUGUCUGAGGCUCAAGCUCAGUACCACUUCAUCCUUGGAUACACCAGCAAAACGCCUGGAACAGAGACGGGCGUAACUGAGCCCUCUCCCACCUUCUCCACCUGCUACGGCCAGCCGUUCAUUGUGCUUGCGCCUCGUGUGUAUGCUCGUAUGUUGGCUGAACGCAUGGAGAAGUACAAGGCCAACUGCUGGCUCAUCAACACCGGCUGGGCUGGCGGCAAGUUCGGCAAGGGCAAGCGUUGCCCGCUCAAGUACACUCGCGCCAUCAUCAAUGCGAUUCACUCGGGCGAGCUGGCCCAGGCCGAGUUCGAGAAGUUCGAGACGUUCAACCUUCAGAUUCCCAAGAAGGUCACCGGAGUUCCUUCGGAGCUUCUCCACAGCAGGACGGCGUGGAACGACGACAAGGGCUUCAAUGCGGAGCUCACCAAGCUCGCUGGCAUGUUCAAGGAGGCUUUCACCAAGUACGAGGACGACGUUGACGCGGACGUCAAGGCGGCUGGUCCUGAAUAA